CAACAGUCCAUCACAAACAGGUGUAUCGAUGUAUAUAUCGUGAGACUCGUGGACCCGAUCCACACAACCGGUCACACAACACAUCACUACAUAGUUAUACAGGGAAUCGGCGGAUAACACCCCACGACCGCCGCCGCAACCAUGACCUCCACUAAAGCCGUACAACAAUUACAAUCGAUUCACGUGUUUGAGAAUCAGCUGCAGAACAGUCUGUCGAUGAAGUGGACGUUUCCAUCCAUUGGACACACGUUGCGAUCGUAUGUCGAGAAACAGCUCAACGACGACCACCUGUCGGACACCCACUCGGGUGUUGGAACCGAACACCGUUUCCAUUACCACCACUUCGACAACGUCUGGAUCUACAGACACUCGUCGGAAGCGCCGCUACAGACCGGACCGGCUGUGUCGCCAGCGAAACAGUUCUCGAUAGUGAUAGCGGCCAAAGACUUUAAUCCGGAGAAAUACGAAAUGUUGACCAAAAUAUUUGUCAAAAUAUACGUCAAAACGGGUGAAAUACAGCGGCUCUUAGCCUAUUAUCUGACUCUCUUGAUCCACGGCUCGUUCACUGUGUCGGAGGACCAGAUGAACAACUGUAAGCGUUUCAAUCUCGAUGACUACGAAUCGGUGGCGCCCGCCGUUGUACACAACCGGUCACCGAUAGGGAUCAAAUCGGUGAUCAAGAUGUUCGGUCUGGACGUCAUACUCAUCUACACAGCGCUGAUACUGAAACGCCGGGUCGUUGUCUAUCACCACAAGUUGGACACACUGUUACAGUUUGUGCGCGUAUUGCCGGCGUUUGUUUGGCACCGAUGGCCCGAUUGCUAUCAAAUACUCUACCCGUGCGUUGAGCUCCAGUCGCCGGCAGAGAUUGGCGAUCUCACGGCUCGUCGCCAUUAUAUCGCCGGCUUUCUGGACACCGAUGUCGAGAGUCGUACCGAUUUGUACGAUAUAUACGUGAAUUUGGCGGCCAUUGAGAUCACUGUCUCGCACGGGUCGAGGGAUGCGUUCGCGAUGACCAAAACCCAUAAAGAGAUCGCCGUUUUCAUGACCAGACAGGCCGACAGAGAGACGAACACCAAUUGGGAUCUCAUUCAAGACAUCUGUGAUAAGAAUCGCGAACUCAUUGAAACACUGAAACGGAUGGCAACCGCUUCGGCCAAAAGUAGUCCCGCGAGAGAGGGGUCGGUUGGGGAGGAAGAAGUGUUGUCCCCCGAGACCACAGUCGGCCCGACUUUAACCUUGGAAGCGCUCAAAGAGAGGAAAUUGAAUCCCAAUUUAGAGAAUUUCUUAUGGAAUUUAGCCGUCGCUGAGAAUCUCUGCAUUUAG